AUGGGCGUGAGCAACAACAUCACGGCGUGCCUCAACUUCACGGCCCUGCUCUGCACCAUUCCCGUCGUCGCCACGGGCCUCUGGUUCGCCUCCAAGCAGGGCGCCGAGUGCGCGCGCCUGGCGCGGUGGCCCGUGGCCAUCCUGGGCGGGCUGCUCCUCCUCGUCGCGCUGGCCGGGUUCGUCGGCGCAUACUGGAACCGCCAGGGCCUCCUGGCCGCCUACCUCUUCGCCAUGGCGGCGCUCAUCACGCUCCUCCUCGCGCUGCUCGUCUUCGCCUUCGCCGUCACCCACGGCUCCGGCGCGUACCAGGUGCCGGGACGCGCAUACCGCGAGUACCGCCUCCAGGGCUUCUCCGGCUGGCUGCGCGGGUACGUCGGUGACCCGCGCCGGUGGGAGGGGAUCAGGGCCUGCCUCGCCGCGUCCGACACCUGCAGGAAGCUCGGCGUGGAGAGCGCAUUCUUCAUCGCGCCCGAGCAGUUCUACCAGUCCCACCUCUCCCCGCUCCAGUCCGGGUGCUGCAAGCCGCCGACGGCGUGCGGGUACACGUACGUGAGCCCGACGGUGUGGACCAACCCGGCGAACACGGCUGCCGACGCGGACUGCGGCGCGUGGAGCAACGACCCCCGCCAGCUCUGCUACUGGUGCAGCUCCUGCAAGGCCGGGAUGCUGGGCACCCUGCGCGACCAGUGGCGCAGGGCCAACGUGGCGCUCGUCGCCGCCACCGUCGCCCUCGUCGUCGUCUACAUCAUCGGCUGCAGCGCCUUCAAGAACGCCCAGACCGAGGACCUCUUCCGCCGCUACAAGUGGAGCAACACCUGAUAGUUAAAUAUUUCC